GUAACUGCACCGCCGAGUUUACGUAAAAACAUUGAGUGCGUUUUGUAACCACUGUUGGAAUGUCAUUUGGUUAAUUAAACAUCGAAUUUUAUUUAAACGUUCGAUAAUAUCGAACAUGUAUUAAAAAACGUCCGCUAACGAAUGUGUUUAUAUAUUAUGGUGCGUUCACGACAUACCGUUCAAAAGAGAGUGGAUACAACGAAAGCAGACGACAUCCUGUCGAAGAUGGCGGCGACCUUGUGUGUGAAAUUACUACCCAAACAAGGAUGGCUCCCCCUGACUCAGAGUGUUCGACACGGCUCCAAAGCUGUGACCCGCCACAGGAAACCUAUGCACUUUUUGAAACAGAAGAUGUUGGCUGUCACAGAGUACAUCCCCCCGAAACCGGCUGCUCCACCGGACGCUUACCCGACCCAAGCCGCCGUGGUUGAGGAGAGCGCCUUUGUAAGGCUGCUGAAGAGGGACCUGCAGAAGGUCUUCCAGGAGUGCAAGAUGGUCGCUGUGGCCCAGAACAACGGCUGCAACGCAAACGACAUGAUAGUGCUCAAGAACAGACUGCAGAAACAUGACAUCCGUGUCAAGUUCUACUCCAACCAGGUGAUGCGCUCGUUUCUGAAUGAGAGCAUAUACAGCAACUUGGCUCAUCUCUUUAUCGGGCCCACGGUGCUGUUUGUCAGCAAAGAGCCCAAGGCCAAACAGAUGCUGGCGACCCUGCGUGUCAGCCCACAGAUGGUCCUACUCGGAGCGUGCAUAGACGACACGUUGCUGAGCGCGCAGGGCGUGCUGCGCUACUCCAAGUUGCCGUCGGUCAGCGUGGUCCAGGGCGAGCUGGUGGGCGGCCUGAGCUUGCUGGCAUCCCACACCGCCUCCUUGCUGCAGCGACACCCCGCCCACCUGACGGCGCUGCUGCAGCAGCACGUCGCGCAGCAGGGCGGAGACGCUCCUCCCAAAGCGGAGGAAGCCACGUGAGAGGAACUAAUCAGUGACUGACAAUAUGGACAUGUGCACAAGUGUGUUUGAAGGAACAUGCAGCCAGAAGGCUUUUGACACAAUCCUCAGUAAAAUCAUCUUUAUUUACAUGACGUGCUGAAACGUUAAUCAUGAUGCCGGUUUGCUCAAUCUAAUGAGUAGUCAUGUGCGAUACCACUGAUUUUCUUACUGAUCCCAAGUAAAAUUCAGACUGAUAUCGGCAAUACCAUUCCGAUACCGAUACUUUGUGCAAAUAUGCAAAACAUGUCUGCUAAAGUUUAAAAAGUUGUGUAUUUUCAAAUAAUAACAUAGCUGUCAAAAAGACAAAACUGUAAAAAUGUAAGAAAAAAAGAGCAAAAAAUCAGAAUGUAAUAAGAAAAAGUUAAACAUUUUAAAUGAAUGAUUAUAUACUUACUCACCUAUAACACAAAGUUUUGUCUUUAAAUAUAUAUCUAUAUAGUAUCUGGUUUUAGCUUCUUUUUUUUU